AUGUGGACGAGGAUCGGUGAACAUAAUGGAAGAACGUGGCUUCCAAACCAUUUCGUCCCUUUGAUAAAACAGCAGGUUCUAUGUGGUCACACCACCCCAAUUAGCAAGAUGGAAGUGCCUAAAAAUGAAUAUGAGCAGAAAGAAGAUAGUUCAGGAAAGAGUAAAAAUAAAUUUGGAGAGAAAGAAGAUAGUUUGGAAGUGCCUAAAAAUGAAUAUGAGCAGAAAGAAGAUAGUUCAGGAAAGCGUAAAAAUGAAUUUGGAGAGAAAGAAGAUAGUUUCGGAGAGCGUAAAAAUGAAUAUGAGCAGAAAGAAGAUAGUUUGGAAGUGCGUAAAAACGAAUAUGAGAAGAAAGAAUAUAGUUUCGGAGAGCGUCAAAAUGAAUUUGGACAGAAUGAAGAUAGUCUCGGAGAACGUCAAAAUGAAUUUGGAGAGCGUAGAGCAACCGACGAAUGUGAUGACCUGAUUAGAAAAUGUGGACGAAGGUAG